AACUAUUUAGAAAUCUGAUAAGCUCGUGUUAGUUACCAAAAAGCAGCAACAUCAACUAUGAGUGAUGAUGCAACCAAAAAAAGAGGCAAGAGCAGUGGGAAGUCAACAAAAAGAAAAUCUAAGAGGAGGGAGACCUAUGCUGUUUACAUCUAUAAGGUUUUGAAACAGGUCCAUCCGGACACUGGUAUCUCAAGCAGAGCAAUGAGCAUCAUGAAUUCCUUUGUCAACGAUGUCUUCGAGAGAAUUGCCACAGAGGCGUCCCGACUGACCCAAUACAACAAACGCUCCACCAUCACAAGCCGAGAAGUGCAGACAGCCGUUCGUCUGCUUUUGCCUGGAGAGCUGGCAAAGCAUGCCGUGUCCGAGGGGACUAAGGCUGUCACCAAAUACACUAGUUCAAAAUGAACUCCAAAGUGAAGGGGAAUACGGUUUGCACAUCAGCUUAGCACUCACUUAAAAACAUUAUUUUUAGAGCUGAUCCCUUUAUAACUCUGGAAAUAAACACACUUAAACAAGCAUUUCUGCAUCUGCACGUUAUUUAGGAGAAGCCUCCUUCCUGUAUGACUGCUGAUGUCCAAAUACCAAAAUAAGAAGCUAUUGGGGA